AAUAAUAACAUAAACACUACGAGUGGCAAGAAGUAUACAAGCUACAUAAACGUUUUAAAAAAAUUACAUCAUAAAAAUUACAAGUUUUAAUAAUUUUAUACUUAUUAUUAACGAUACGACAUGGCCACUUUACUAGUUGGAAGAUUAUGCCGUAGUAAUACUUUGAAAUUAGCACAUAUUGGGAAAUUCUCUCGACAGACUUUUUCCAGAACGUUUGCUAGUGAAAACCGCGAGACAGUUACAAGAACAGCUAGAAGGCGAACAAUUCGCGAACGUGCUUUUGCAGAACCUACUGGCACAGCAUUUAAUAUUGGAAAAGGAGCUGUAGCUGGGGGUGCAGUAGUAGGGCUUGGUGCAUUGUGCUAUUAUGGAUUGGGUUUAUCUGGUCAAGCUGGUGCCUUGGAUAAGUCCAUGGUUUGGCCACAAUAUGUUAGAGAGCGUAUUACAUCAGUCUAUAUGUAUUUUGGAGGUUCAUUGAUUGUUACAGCCACUAGUGCUAUAGCUGCAUUUAGGACUCCAGCAAUCAUGAAUCUUGUUAUGAAAAAUGGUUUCAUGGGAAUAAUGAUGAGUAUGGCAGCUAUUAUAGGCACUGGUAUGUUAGCUCAAUCAGUAGAAUAUAAGCCAGGCUUUGGACCAAAGCAAAUGGCUUGGUUGCUACAUGCAGGCACUAUGGGAGCCAUGUUGGCACCACUUUGUUUUCUAGGGGGGCCUAUUUUAAUGCGUGCUGGUUUGUAUUCAGCAGGGAUUGUUGGUGGGCUGAGUGCAGUUUCUGCAUGUGCACCUUCUGAAAAGUUUUUAAUGAUGGGUGGCCCCUUAGCUAUGGGAUUAGGCGUAGUUUUUUGCGCAUCACUAGGUAGUGCUUUUCUACCCCCUACCACUGCUCUUGGUGCCGGACUUUAUUCAAUUUCCCUUUAUGGUGGCCUUUUGUUAUUCUCUGGUUUCUUACUCUACGAUACUCAAAGGAUAGUUGCACAAGCUGAACGGUAUCCCCUGUCUCCCGGAAUGUAUGGAGUCAAACCAUACGAUCCCAUAAAUGCUGCAUUGUCGAUUUAUAUGGAUGCACUCAACAUUUUCGUCCGAAUCGCAACAAUUCUCGCUGGUGGUGGCAGCCAAAGGAAAAAGUAAACCGCUACUCGAAAUUGAAUAUAACACCCUCGCUAUACUAAGACUAUGUGAUGGAAAAUAUUUAUAAACGAAACAAAUUUCAAUUUUUUCUGUAUUUAAAAUAUUUAGUAAAUAUAAUUUUUUAUUUGCUGUUCUACGAAUCUACGUAUUUAAUUUCAUCUUUAAAUAUAGUACAUAUUUGUAACUUAAGGUGUUAAUUUAAGAAGUAUUAAUAAGAGCUUUGUUACUGUU